AUGAAAACUGGUUCCUCUGCCUUAAAAGUCAUCCAAACCAUAACUGACAUACACGACCUUAGAGGCAAGACUUCGUGUGGUUUUGCCUCAAACAAUUCAUCCAACAUUUUUGGAAAAAUGACAUCUGAAGAAGUGACUCAAAAUCAAGUAGAGAAAACAGAGAAGCAACUCUCUCUUUCACAAGCACCACCACCAUUAAUUACGCAUACAGAAGCCACUCCAAUGCCAACACCACAGGGAAGUCCUGUGGGACAUUCAAAGAGCCCUCGUGCACUCGAGAAGGCUAAAGAGACUACAAAUGCAGCUGAUAUUUUUGGUAAGAAGGCAGCUUUUACAACGAGUUAUCAUCCUUACCACAACCACCACCAGCGCCACUACCAUCAUCGCAAUCAAAAAGAGGAAAUAAACACAUUCUGGCCAGGACAUGGGCCAGAGAUGUCCUCACUGAGGACAAGGAUAUCAGAUGAAAUGACGCAGAAUCAUAAAGAAACCAUACUGCAAAGAGCCAGCCAAGUAGCAGAUGGUGGAUGGAAAAAUAGUAUGAACAGACUAGCGGUGGAGACGAUUCAAUUCAGCGAAGAGAUUGGAAUAUUUGAGAGAAAAAGAAGUCUAUCACUCAAGGUGACAAAAACACAGGUAACCAAUUUAAAAUACUUUAAGUACAGAAUAGAGUAUAUUUUGUAA